GAUAAAUCACAAACUAUUCAAUGCUAUCGACAUUUCGCAAACCAUCAUUGCCAAUCCCCAGAAUAACGGCACUUGUCAAAACGGGAGCGCUAAAAAAAAUCUGGCACACUUUGACAUUCACGUUUUCACGUGGAACACUUAAAGUGUACAUUAAAUAACCAAUAGCAUAUCGUUUAAACUCGAAUAUUGCUGGCCAAAAUGCGCCGCCGUGACAUUUUACGGAUGUGGGCGCAGAUAGUACAGCACACAGGCAGAGCGACAUAUACGCCAGAAGAGUGGCAGGAAAGCUACGAAGAUUUCUGGAAAUGCAUGCAAUCAGCUACAGAUCCGUAUAUACGCAUUGAUAAUGUAAAUAUCGAUCAUCUGAUAAAUUAUACGGCACCAAUGGAUCGGCAAACCCAAUUCACAAAACGGAAAUUCGAAUGCAGCUCUAAUAACUAUGACGAAUCGGAACCACAUGCUGUGCUACGAAAACGUAUUAAAUUAGCGACAAAUGAUAUAUUAUUGCUGCAUAAAACAAAUGAAUUAAAGUCGGAAAAUGAAAAGAAUCGUAAGGGAAACAUAAUUACGAAAGAUGAAAUUGACGUUCAUACUCCGAAUGCAAAUACAAUUAUUAUGGAGCAGUCAAUGACUAGCCCCAAUUUGAAAAGCUCAAAAUUGACAGAUAAGAAAACGAAGAAUAGGGUAUCGGCAUAUGAUAAGGAUAAUUUGCCAAAGGAUAAAGCAAUAGAUAGUGCAAAAUAUUCAAUCAAAAGAUUAGUCAAAAACAAACGCACUUCAAGUGCCGGGGAUGUUUCACAAGAAAACCGGAAUCUGCCAAAAGAAAAGCAAACUGUUAUGCAGAAAAAUCUUCAAAUUAAAAAUCAUAAGGCUGGGCAUGAUCAACUUGAUUCCGAGCUACAGAUUAACCAAUUAGAAACUCAAGAGGAAUCUCAACUGGAGCAGCAAUGUGACGUGGAAAAAGAAGCUGAUAAACAUAAGGUUCAAAAGAAAAAUCAAGUAAAGAAAACUAAAAAAAAGGCGCAGAAAGAACAAGAUGAAUUGACGAUUGAGAUGGAGCAAGAUAAUAAAAAGCAGAUGGCUCAACAGAAACUUCUGGAUAAGCUGGAGGAAGAAAUUUGGAUACAGAAAGCUGAACAAGGAAAGCUAAAAAAAGAAAAAGCCAAGCAGAAUAAUAGAAAACAAAAAGUAAUAGAAGAAUGCAAAGAAACAGAGCAGCAAGAGAUUGUAAAGCACAAGCUGCAACAGCGAGAACAGGAAGAGGAUAUUUUAUUUUUAAAGACUGUAAAACAAAAAGCAAAGCAGCAGCAGCUUAACGAGCGAGGGCCACAACCAAAUACCAAGAAAACUAGAAGUCAGCUGAAAAAAUUAUUGGAGGAGCCGGAGCCCUCAGUGCCAAGAUGUUCAAAUAAAGCAGCCACACAAGUGGAUAGUAUAGAUUCAAGCUGCGUGACAGAGCCAAUAUUGGAGAAACAGCUAGUAAAAGAAACGCAACAUAAAAUACGCACACGUUCCCAAUGUGCAGAUAAAGAACCACAAAGCGAAAAUCAAGAACAGCAUCAAUUGAAUACGAAAAUAAGACACACCAGACCCUCCCGCCAAUCAAAAGCUAUGGCGCACAUGCCACAAAAAGCAAUCGAUAUGCCACGGACCAGUUUACCGGAUUGUGCUGGGGUUCCUGAUGCUGUGACCAACAAAGAUUUGCAAUCAAUUGAGCCUGAAAAUCUCUCCAUAACUAAACUUAAGCUAAGCGAGGACAUAGAAACUCCGAAAAUUGACCAUUCCUUAAGGGCAGAACCUUUUGAAUUCGACAAACCAUAUGUCACAUAUUCCAAAGCUAAUUGUGAACUGGAAGAUAAGUUCAUCAAUGAGGUCAUGCAGCUAGCUGCACCGAUCGGUGAAAGUACGGAACUAAGUCAGUUAUUGGUCGACGAUAGCAAAGGUGAAGCGUUGUCAUCGGGUGUUGAGGAAAUUGAUCGUUGUUUGCAAAUCUUCAAUAAUAAGACGCCUAGUGAGAUUGAUCAUCAGAUAGCUGACACAUCAGAUUUCUUUGAUAAUUUGCCCAAUGUAUCAACUCUAGUUGAUAAAACGCCCUUGGAGAUGGAGGCGUUGAUGAAUAAUGUGCUCAAUUAUGAUGAUGAUGAUGAUGGUGAUAUUAUAUCAGUGGCCACAUCCUGGGAUGGCGAUGAGCAAUUUCAAACAGAAAAUACUUUGGUGGAGGAAACAAAAUCGUUGGAUCAGCCAGUGCAGAUCAGGCAGUCAGAUGCCGAAUUAGAAUCUACGAUACGGCCAAGUGAAUUGCUGCCCUAUCGCAUACCCAAAAUGCCAAUUAGUCCGGCAGACAAGCAGCAGAUACAGCAAGAAACACAAAUUCAGGCUGAGGCACCUGCAAAUCUGCGAUCGCCGCAAACUGUUAAAAACCACCAGCAGCCAAAGCCGCAACAACUGCAGCAGACCCCUGCACAGCAUCUUAACCAUGCAGCGCCCCAACAACAUCAGCAGACCGCGGUAGAGCAUGUGAAGCCCCAACAAGUGCAGCAAACCCCAGUACAGCUUCUAAAGCAUUCAGCGCCAGAACUGCAGCCGAUCCCGGCACAGCAUCUUAAGAAUCCAGUGCCACAACAUCAUUUGGGCCAGCCACCGCUACACCAACUGUCACAGCCGCCUCGACCGCAAUUACAACGUCCGCCGCUGCAACAACGGCAACAACCGCCUCGACAGCAUAUACAGCCGUUGCCACUACAACACCCAGUCUUGCGUCCUGCACCGCUAGCCAAAACACUGCCCAUUUUUGCGCCACCCUUUCGCCUGGCUGAGAAGCCGGCUAGCAGCGCACAAUCCGUCACUCCAAACAUCUAUACAAACGAGUGCAAAUAUUUUAUAUUUGGCAUUAAAUGCUGGCGCUAUUUGGAUGGCCGGUGCCAGGACAGCAAUUGCAAUCAUAGGCUAGCGAAUCCGUGGGAAGUGCAGCGGCAUCUGAACCAGAUGAAGACGGAUAAAUUAUGUGACACCUACAGUAUGGUAUUGCGUCAUGGCAUGCUAUUCCGCAACUAUUUUAUGAUUUUCGCUGAAAUCUUUGGCAAUCGGGGUAUGAUGUCGCAUUUAAUGAAAAUGGUUGAAGAUUGUGGCUUAUAUAUGGAGUACAGUGCGCCCUUUAUCACGGAAAUCUACUAUCUAUUGUUGCGUUACGAGCUGAUGCCAAAAAUGGCAGCGGCACAUUUUAUGAAGCAUCUAUGGCGACCAAAUAUUGGUCAAGCCUAUCCCGACUUGACCAUACAAUUGCUCCGAAUUCUUUCGGCGGCUGAUUGGUUUAACUAUAUACCAUGUCUGAAGCAUCUCUUCUACAAUCAGGGCUUUCCCAUACCCGUUGAAUUCAUGACCUGCUUGGCUAACGAUGCAGUUGCCAAGAAUGAUCAGGUGCUCGUUACAAAAGUCUGGGAACUGGUGCUGUUCAGUCCCAUCGACCGAAAUGAUGACACUUUGAGUUCAGUUAUUAAAAUACUAAAGAAUUGGUGUGGCUCAGCAGUAGAUGCCCCGACUGCGGAGCAGCAGCAAAAGCCGCAACUGCAAGAGCAACUUCAACAGCAUCCACACCAGAGACUGGGUCAGCACCUGCAACCACAGCGACAAUUGCAACAUUUAGCAGAGCUGAAGCAGCAACAUUUGCCGCAACGUUACGUCAACUUGCCCCAAGCAAACAAAGUAAACUAUAAUUCGACAAAUCAGAGUAGGCAUAUGUUUGAUUUUUAAGAGAACGGGCCUCCAGGAUUUGGAUAACGAUUAAUUUGCUGUUGAGCAGCGCAAAGUUAACGAAGUUUAAUUUUUUUUUAAUCUUAC